AUGCAGCCGACGGAGUCCGCGCAAUGUCGGUCCUCCUCCUCCUCCGCGUCCGCCACCGGGCCCCGGCGGAGCAUGGGGUGCAUGGCCGGCCUCGUCCGCCUCCUCUCCCCGUACCACCGCCACCGGAAGCGCCUCACCGCCAAGAACGCCACGCCCACGCAAGAUGCCUCCUCACGACCGCCGUCUCCACCGCCGGCCAUGAAGAAACCGGCAGCAGCACCAACGCAGCCCGCACCAAAGCCGAAGCCAAAGCCGCUGCUGCAGCCACCGACGGCUGUCCGGCGGCGGCGUUCGUGCGAGGCGCCCCGGAGCCCGACGAUCGCGCCGGAGUACCGCCGGGUGAGCUGCGACAGCCCCAGGCCGCCGCCGCCGGCCAUCGUCGCGCGCCUCAUGGGUCUGGAGGAGUCCGCGCCGCCAUCCCCCGCCACGACGCCGCGGCCGCGGCCGCUCCCGACGCGUCCUCCUCCUCCCCCGCCGCCGGAGAUGGCCGCGGAGAAGCGGCGCAGGCUGCUGGGCGCGCUGGAGAAGUGCGACGACGACCUGCAGACGCUGCGCAGGAUCAUCGCGGCCGUCCGCGCCGCCGAGAUGCGCUCGGCCGCCGCGUCGGACGUCCCCGCGGCUCCUGCGGGGGAGGGUUGCGAGGGCGCCACAAAAUGGACGGACGGCCGCGACGAGGCGUCGCCGCCGCAGCAGCAGAUGCCGCGGACCGAGGUGGCGCAGUACCCCAGCCCGGACUCGGUGCUGGACGCCAUCACCUCGCCGAGGUUCCCAUGCAGGAAGCGGUCGUCUCCGUGCACGCAUCUCGAAGCAGAUAGCAAACCCAGUUGCGGCAACGAGGCCCUCGGAUCCAGGAUCGUGAAGCCUUCCCGGACUCUCGUUUUCUCGGGAGACUACUGCAAGAUCAAGCAAUACUGCAACGAGCUGCACGCCGUGGCCAUGUACCACCACCCGGCGCCGGUGGCGGCCGUGGAGGGAAUGCCGCGUUGGACGCCGUCGGUGUCGGAGGCGGAAAGCUGGCGGCACCGGCGGCGGUGGGGCCUCCAUGCUUCAGGGCGGAGCCGCGCCAUGGUGGAGAGCGUGGGGGAGGUCUGGGGCCAGGGCGCCGGCGAGGAGCGGUGGGAGGCCGGCCUGGUCGGCGCCGCGCUGGAGCGCGCCAUCCUGCAGGACCUGGUCUGGGACGUCGUGGCGGAGCUGCUCGCGCAGUCGCCGGCGCCGUUCGUUCACGGCGGCGGCGCCAUGUGCAGGAAGAGGCUCUGCUUCUGA